CUCCAACACUCCAGGCCAGUAGGAGGCGGUAAUGCAGCUUAAACGUUAGGUGCCACCCACCAUUAAACAAAACGAAGAAGAAGAAGAAGAAGGAGACCCGGAUGAACAACAACAACAGCUGGAAACGGCUAACAUGCUAACUGAGUGAUCCGGCUUCUGCUUCUUCUAUUAACGGUUACGGUUCUCGUUGCGGGAAGACAGCCGGAUGUUACGGGAGCAGGGCGGCUGUCUGAGCUGAUAUGCGAGAUAUGAAGAAUAUAUCUCCGUUAGUUUGUCACCGUUAGCAGCCGUUAGCAGCCGUUAGCAGUCGUUAGUAGCCGUUGCAGCCGUUAGCAAACACAACAAAAAAACAGUCCAAUCUACAGCAACUGAGAGGAGUUGAGGCGUGAUGGGGAACCAGCUGGCGGGCAUCGCCCCCUCGCAGAUCCUCUCUGUGGACAGCUACUUCUCCGACAUCCAUGACCACGAGUACGACAAGAGCCUAGGCAGCACCCGCUUCUUCAAGGUGGCGCGGGCCAAACACCGCGAGGGCCUGGUGGUGGUCAAAGUGUUCGCCAUCCAGGACCCCUCGCUGCCCCUCACCAGCUACAAGCAGGAGCUGGAGGAGCUGAAGAUCCGGCUGCACUCCUGCCAGAACUGCCUGCCCUUCCAGAAGACCUCGCUGACGGAGAAGGCUGCCAUCUUGUUCCGUCAGUACGUCCGCGACAACCUGUACGACCGCAUCAGCACGCGGCCCUUCCUCAACAACGUGGAGAAGCGCUGGCUCGCCUUCCAGAUCCUCAACGCCGUCGACCAGGCUCACAAAGCCGGCGUGCGCCACGGAGACAUCAAGACGGAGAACGUGAUGGUGACCAGCUGGAACUGGGUGCUGCUCACAGACUUCGCCAGCUUCAAGCCCACCUUCCUGCCCGAGGACAACCCCGCAGACUUCAACUACUUCUUCGACACGUCGCGGCGCAGGACGUGCUACAUCGCCCCGGAGAGGUUCGUGGACGGGAGCAUGUUCACCACGGAGAGCGACCACACGCCGCUGGUGGAUCUGAGCAGCAACAACCAGAGGGGCCGGGGGGAGCUGAGGCAGGCCAUGGACAUCUUCUCUGCAGGCUGUGUGAUCGCGGAGCUCUUCACGGAGGGCGUCCCUCUCUUCGACCUUUCCCAGCUGCUGGCGUACCGGAAAGGAAACUUCCAGACGGAGCACGUCCUCCUGAAGAUCGAGGACCAGAGCGUCAGAGAGCUGGUGUCUCAGAUGGUGCAGAGGGAGCCGGAGAAGCGCCUGACAGCGGAGGAGUACCUGAAGCAGCAGAGAGGCAAGGCGUUCCCUGACAUCUUCUACACCUUCCUGCAGCCCUACAUGGCUCAGUUCGCCAAGGAGACCUUCCAGUCCGCCGACGAGCGAGUGCUGGUGAUCCGCAAAGACCUGGACAACAUCCUGCUCAACCUGCGGGGGG